GUGGGUCAGGCUUCCGAAACCUCGGAGCGCGCAGCUCCGUGAACAGCGCCACCAGCGGCGCUGCCGUGCGCCUGCGCGGUGCCGCCUGGGCCGGGCUGGCGGCGCGGGCCCGUUAGCGCGGCAGGAAGCGCCCGGUGCCACCGCCGCUGCGCACCAUGUCGAAGCGCCUGAGGAGCAGCGAGGUCUGCGCCGACUGCAGCGCCCAGGAUCCUUGUUGGGCCUCUAUAAACAGGGGCAUUCUGAUCUGUGACGAGUGCUGUAGCGUUCAUCGAAGUCUGGGGCGUCAUAUCUCUCAAGUGAGACAUCUCAAGCAUACACCAUGGCCUCCAACACUGCUGCAGAUGGUUGAAACGCUGUAUAAUAAUGGUGCUAACUCCAUAUGGGAACAUUCGUUGCUGGACCCUGCCUCUGUUAUGAGUGGAAGGCGCAAAGCUGGCCCGCAGGAUAAAGUGCAUCCCAAUAAAGCAGAAUUCAUUAGAGCUAAGUAUCAAAUGUUAGCGUUUGUUCAUCGCUUGCCGUGCCGUGAAGAUGACAGUGUUACUGCCAAAGAUCUCAGUAAGCAACUCCAUUCCAGCGUAAGGACGGGGAAUCUGGAGACGUGUUUGCGAUUACUCUCCUUAGGAGCCCAAGCCAACUUCUUUCAUCCUGAGAAAGGAAACACCCCGCUCCACGUUGCUGCUAAGGCAGGACAGACUUUACAAGCAGAAUUAUUAGCGGUUUACGGCGCUGAUCCUGGCACACAAGAUUCCAAUGGAAAAACUCCAGUUGACUAUGCAAGACAAGGUGGGCACCAUGAACUGGCAGAUCGCCUGGUGGAGAUUCAGUAUGAACUCACGGACAGGUUGGCUUUCUACCUCUGUGGCAGGAAACCGGAGCACAAAAAUGGACAGCACUUUGUUAUACCUCAGAUGGCAGACAGCAGUCUAGAUUUAUCAGAACUUGCAAAAGCAGCAAAGAAGAAGCUUCAGUCUCUAAGCAACCACUUAUUUGAAGAACUUGCCAUGGAUGUGUAUGAUGAAGUUGACAGGAGGGAAACAGAUGCAGUUUGGCUUGCUACUCAGAAUCACAGCACACUUGUGACAGAGACCACGGUGGUCCCUUUUCUUCCUGUAAAUCCCGAAUAUUCCUCAACUAGGAAUCAGGGAAGACAGAAAUUGGCUCGAUUUAACGCCCAUGAAUUUGCUACGCUAGUUAUAGAUAUUCUAAGUGAUGCCAAACGAAGACAACAGGGGAAUCCUCUCACUGGUUCGAAAGAAAAUGUGGAACUGAUACUCAAAUCCAUCAGCAAUCAACAUAGUAGUGAAAGUCAGGAUAAUGACCAGCCUGAUUAUGACAGCGUUGCUUCAGAUGAAGAUACAGAUCUGGAAACAAAUGCAGCGAAAUCAAACAGACAGAAGAGCCUGGAUUCGGACUUGUCCGAUGGCCCAGUGACAGCCCAAGAAUAUAUGCAGGUUAAAAAUGCCUUGGUGGCUUCUGAGGUGAAGAUUCAGCAGUUAAUGAAAGUGAACAUCAACCUGAGCGACGAGCUGAGGGUCAUGCAGAAAAAGCUUCAAACACUGCAGAGUGAAAAUUCCAGCCUCAGAAGACAGGCCACGACCAAUAUCUAUCAGGUCCAAAGUGGUUCUGAGUACACAGACCCGACCAACAAUUCCUCUUUAAAGCGGCGACCGUCUGCGCGGGGCAGCAGACCCAUGUCCAUGUACGAGACUGGCUCGGCUCAGAAACCCUACCUGCCCAUGGCAGAGGUGACGUACCCCGAGGAAAGCAUAACGAGACUGCAGCCUUUCCCUCCACACAUCGGGAGGAGUGCGUUUGUGACCUCCUCUUCAUCUCUACCUUCCUUCCCCUCCACGCUUUCCUGGUCAAGGGAUGAAAGCACACGAAGGACCUCGAAGCUGGAGAAGCAGAGCAGCGUGUCUGAGAGCGACUAUGACAACCCCCCCACCCCGCUGGAGCUGGAGGAGACGGGGUCAGGCAGGAAGGGCCGGCAGAGGAGCGUCAUCUGGCAGGGCGAGGGAUCCAUCCCUGAAGACACCAACACAGCCCCCAGCUCCAGUUUGCCCAGUACGGAAGAUGUGAUUCGGAAAACCGAGCAGAUCACUAAGAAUAUUCAGGAGCUGCUGCGAGCAGCACAGGAGAACAAGCAUGACAGCUAUAUACCAUGCUCCGAGAGGAUACACGUGGCAGUGACGGAGAUGGCAGCCUUGUUCCCAAAAAAACCUAAAUCAGAGCUGGUAAGGACUUCUUUGCGCCUGCUGACAUCUAGUGCCUACAGACUCCAAUCCGAGUGCACAAAAACCCUUCCCGUGGAGACGUGCCCCACGACGGACAUCCAGCUGGUGACGCAGCAGGUGAUCCAGUGCGCCUACGACAUCGCCAAGGCUGCCAAGCAGCUGGUCACCAUCACCACCAAAGAGAACAACAACUGAGUCACGCUUGGCUGCUUAAUAUUUUUUUUUUAAAGGUUGAAUUUCAAACAGAGGUGUGGAACUAUUCAAAUUUUUAUGAGGAAAAACUAAAGGGGCAAGAAACUUUUUUUUUUAAAAAAACCUCAGUAUUACUUUUGCAUGUUUUCUAACAAUUUUAUGAUUAAUUUAACCCACUGCCUUAUCUCGUGCCUGUGUUGCCAGUUUAGUUACAGAUAAUAGCAUGUUGCGAGUAGCUGUUGAGCCAUCGUUAUCACCUACCAGCGCUGUACCAAGCUCUCUAGAUGUUUCCUUGGGGCCACGUUCUGCUUUCUGAUGUUUCUUGCCAAACUCCCACUGAAACCAGCCGCACGUGUGGGAGGAUGGAAUCUCAGCUCUGUCCGGCCUGGAGCCUCGUGCCGUGAAAGCUGCAGCGAAGUGGGCUCUGAAGGCUCCGGGACGGAACUGCCGCCCAGCAGGAAAAAGGUUGUAGUCCCGCUAAUGGAGUGCAAACCAAAUAUUAUCUGUUCCCAUAUCAACCGUUGUGCAAUAAUAAUGUUUUUUAGUCUGCUAAAACAAUAGUAGUUGUGGGCAUCCGAGCUUAUUACAUGUAACUAUACAAGGUCUUUGUCACUUUAUGUUUUGGAAGGAAUUUGAAACUUAAUAGUUAUUUCUUUUAGUUGUCACUAUGCCAUUAAUAUAUGUUUGAUGUUACUUUAGGGCAUUAGUGGUUAAAAUAUUAUCCUUUGUUUCUGAUUUAGUAAUUCAUGCUUAAGAUUCCUACAGAAUUUUACUGUCAUCUUCAAGGCACCAUCUUGUUCGCAGCAGCAUUGCUUAGUAACUCAAGAUGCAAUUUCAAUAAAGAUUUCUGUGAUAAUUAAAAAGGCAGAAGAGUGCCAGUGCAAAAGCAGCUGUGCCUGCCAUAGCGUAUAACCUCUGUACCUCAACAUAUCCAAAUGUGAAAGGAUUUCUGAUACCUAGUAAGUUUAUGUAAGUCUUUCAAAAUAUCUUACAGGCUACAGGUGGACUAACCCACGCUAGGCUGCCUCAGAGGGCGGCAGGUGACAAGAAUCUGCGUGUUUCAGGUUUUUUCAACCAAAGUUCAGUGAUUUGCUGUUUGUAUGUGGGUAUGAACACUAAGUGCCAUGACAGUGCUGGAUUGUUGUGUUGGAAUUCGCUCUCUUUUUAAAGUCGUGCAAGUUUGAGGGCGCGAGUAGAUGACAACCCAGUAAAUCACUGUUUUUCAUUGUGGUUUUUUUCCAUUUCCUUUUUGCACUUCUGAAUUCCAGAACUGUCUUUAAACUCCCAGCAAUGCAGAGAGGCUGGGACCAGAUCUGCAAAACGACAUUUGUAAAACCUGCUUCCAAAUUAUGCUCCUUGCAAUUUAAAUACAUUGGUAUAUUCUAGGAACUUUUCCUGAAAUCAGCAUCAUUGGAAGGCAGGGGAUGGUAUUUUUCAGUCUGGGGGGACACCAUUGUGUGCUUUUCUUUACCAUAUCUUACCUGAUUUCCAAAGGGUAACACCGAGUGAUGAUCUAAGUUAUCAGUUGUUUAAACUUGCCUCUGUACCAAAACAAACGGAUGCUGUGAUAACUGCUGGUGCUUGUUCUGGCUACCCAAGCAUUGGGUUUUAAAUUAACCCUUUACUUUGUUGGAAGGCCUGGCUGUGAAAAUGUGGCCAGCCUUUCACUUGAGUUCUAUUCUGUCACUUAAACAGCAUUUCUGGUCGAUGCCCCAUCCCCAAAUACAGGUGUGUUUGAGGUUGGUUAUGGUCACACUGUGUCAUCGCUCCAGAACGUUCUCAGUAAAAGAGGAGAGGCCUGAGCUCUUCUCAGAAGCAGCAGAGUGGUUCAGAACCAGCGGUGGAACUGAGGAGCGUGUAGAUGAGCCCUCGAGUCACACAGCACUGUGGGUCAGAACAUUUGUAAUACCUGAAACAACAAUGGUGGUUUUUUCUUUUAGGGCUAAUCUCCUCUUUUUCCCUGUAAACAAACUUGCCCUUUCUUUACAAAAUGCUGCAUAGGAAAGUAAACAUUUUUUUUUGCCUUUUUCCAAAACUUGUAUUUAUCAGUGUCAGUCUGUCUGUACAAUAUUUUGACUUUUUUGUUUACUGUAUUAUUAUAAAAUGCUAAAACCCUC